AAUCGCGGCUAAACCCGAAACCCAAAAUCCUAGAACACCCAUCACUCCCCAAAACCCUCCUUAAACCCUUCACAACCUUACCAAUGAAAAAACCGACCGAAACCCCAAGCACCAUGCGGGGACGAGAGCUCAAUCAGGACCUUCAAGACCAACAAGAAGAACAAUCGGAGCUGUUUAAAGGUGGCUCUGACUUUUGCCAACAGCUCAUGGAUCGCUACGCCAAGUCCUCCGCUCCGCAGCACCGCCACCUCAUCGCCACUGCCGUUGCCAUGCGCUCGAUCCUGGCCUCCGAGUCCCUCCCCAUGAUCCCAUCCGCCUACUUCGCUGCUGCCAUCGACUCUGCGUCAUCCAAUUCCCGGACCUUGGACCCCACCGCCAUCUCGGCGCUGUUGUCGUUUUUGUCGAUGGUGGUACCGCUGGUGCCGCCGCAGGGGAUUGCAGCUCCAAAGGCGAGCGAGGCGGUGGGCGUGCUGGUAGGAUUGGUUGGGAAGGAGAGGGAGGAGCUGGCCAUGGCUAGUGUGAGAGCCGUCGUGAAGUGUUUGGGGGUUUUGUUAGGGUUUUGUGAUUUGCAGGAUUGGGAUUCUAUCAACUUAGGGUUUGAAACGCUGUUGAAUCUCGCGGUCGAUCGGCGUCCAAAGGUUAGGAGAUGCGCUCAAGAUUAUCUUGAGAAGGUUUUUACGUCUUUCAGGUGUUUGGCUGUUGUCAAGGAAGCGAGCAAGUUGGUAAUGUCUUUGCUCAAAAAUCACAUGCCCUUGGCAAUCAAAUUAAGUAGUUUGAGACCUGUAGAUGGGUCAAAAGAUGAAACAUCGUCUGAACCCGAACAUCUGGAGGUCCUUUAUGUGUUAAAUGUAGUGAAGAUUAGUGUUCCCUAUCUCUCGGCAAAAAUCACUUCAAAAGUAAUGUCAGAAAUGUGUAAACUUGUGAGGUCGGACUUCUCACUGGUUACAAGGCACGUUUUUAAAAUUAUUGAAGCAAUUUUUGAAACAUCUAGAGUUGAAGUUGGUGUUCCGGAGAUGGACAACAUUGUGGAUUCCCUUGCUUCUUACGUGUCUUUGGGAGAUAGGAACCCCAUGGACACUGUUAUAUCUGCGGCAACCUUGUUAAAACGUGCACUGGAUGUACUUCAUGAUGGAGAACGCAGCUCGUGGACAAGAAGUCUUCCUCUUGUUUGUGAAUCUUUAGCAGGUCUUCUAAAUUCUGAGGCUAGCACAGCAUCACAGACUUCAAGUAUCUUGAAAGACUUGCUCAGUCACCACGUGGAUCCUAAAUCUUUCUCAACUCCCAAAGAUAAACAAUUUGACAAUGAAUGUCAGGACAGCAUGGAAGCUAGUGCAAUGAAAUCGAUAUGUGCUAUCUUUGAGAAUACCCUUAGUGCUAUUGAUGGUGUUCCAAAUGAGCAUAUUUUAGGCGUCAUAUCUGUUUUGUUCCUCAAGCUUGGAGAGAGGUCAUUUGUUUUUAUGAAGAAUAUAGCUCUUAAACUUGCUGACUUGAUUCUUCAUAGUGGUGGCACGUCCUACAAUAACCAUCUUCAGAACUGUAUUGGAUCUGCUGUAAUUGCCAUGGGACCAGAGAGGAUACUGACACUUUUACCUAUCUCCCUUCAUGCUGAUGACUUCACUUGUAUGAACCUUUGGUUGGUACCUAUUUUAAAAGACUAUGUUGUUGGAGCAUCAUUGAGGUACUAUAUGGAGCAUAUUGUGCCUCUUGCAAAAUCUUUUGAGCGGGCUAGUCGUAAAGCUAAGAAGUUAGCAAUCAGUACUGAUAAAAAGAAGUUAGCUAUCAGUCAAGAUCUGCAGGCACAUGCGCAUGACCUCUGGGGACUACUCCCUGGAUUUUGUCGUCGUCCAACUGAUACUUACCAAAAUAUUGGACCUUUGGCUGAGAUAUUAAUUCCUUUCCUAAAGAAGGACUCAUUCAUGCAUGAAAAUAUUGCCAUUGCAUUACAGGUUCUCGUGUCUCAAAACAAAAAUGUUCUUAGUCCUAGAAGAGAUGCCGAUCAAUCAAAUUUGUUUGCAGUAAAACACUUUGUUGUGGAGAUUGGGAAUAUACCCACUUAUUCAGAGAAGACAGCAACCAAAAACAUCAGGGCCUUGAAAUCGUGUUCAACAGAGUUGCUCGAGGCUCUAACAGACUUAUUUGUUGAUUCACGUCCUGAGAAGCGCUCAUAUCUAAAGGAUGCCAUUGGAUGCUUGGCUUCUAUUACGGAUUCUUCAUUAAUAAAAAAGAUUCUCAUGUCAUUAUUCGAGAGAUUUCAGUUCAUAGAUGGUGAGGGAGAAUUUGAAAUGUGUAACCAAGUGUUGAUUGAUAAAGAACAAGGCAAUCUAAGUAGUACAGAGAAAGAUGUUCAGAGGUGUGUAAUGAUGGAGCUAGCAUCAUCUUUUGUUGGAGGAGCCAAAGAGGAUCUUAUUGAUCUUAUCUAUAAAUUUAUUAAGCAUACUUUUCAGGCAACUGAUGAGACUGGGCAUCGUGAAGCAUAUCAUACCAUGAGCAGAAUUCUAGAGGAACAUGCUUGGUUUUCUUCAUCUCGAUUUAGUGAGCUGAGUUCUUUGUUACUCGAUGUCAAGUCUCCUGUUGAUAUUGCAUCUAUUAGAGAUCGCUUUGCAUGUUUCCAUGUUCUAAUGGUUCACACGCUGAAGAUGAGCCUGGAGGAGGAGAAUACAAGGGCUUUUCUUUUUCUGAACGAGAUUAUACUCACCUUAAAGGAAGGCAAGGAAGAAGCUAGAAAAGCUGCUUAUGAUGUACUUAUUAUGAUAAGUUCCAGUUUAAGAGACUCACCAUCUGUUUCUGAUCCACCCUAUAAUAAGCUGAUUAGCAUGAUAAUGGGCUAUCUUUCUGGUUCAUCCCCUCAUAUAAAGAGUGGAGCAGUGUCUGCCUUGUCAGGAUUGGUAUAUAAGGACGCUGAUAUAUGUCUUUCCGUGCCUGACCUGGUACCCUCUAUUUUAUCGUUGCUGCAUAGCAAAGCUGUGGAAGUUAUAAAGGCUGUUUUGGGUUUUGUGAAAGUGCUAGUCUCCUGCUUAGAAGCCAAUGGCCUGCGGAGUCUUCUUUCUGAAAUCGUCAAUGAAGUUCUCCGAUGGUCAUCUGUCUCCAGACAUCACUUUAGAGAAAAGGUCACUGUCAUAAUGGAGAUAAUGUUACGGAAGUGUGGUUCUGCAGCAGUGGGGUCAGUGACUCCAGAGAAAUAUAAGAGUUUUCUUAAGACUGUUGUUGAGAACCGCCAUAACAAAACAAGUUCCAAAGAAUCUGGCAGUGGCGAUACGGAAAUGAUGCCUGCAUAUUCAUCUACUAAGGCUUCUGAUUCCAUGCCAGAGAAAAGGAAACACAAAAAACUGGCUUAUCCGUCGAAGGAAUACGGUUCAGGAGAACAAAGGAAGGCGAAGAGGGAGAAGGAAAAUAAUGCCCACACCCCUGGCUCAAACAAAGGCCACUGGUCUAAUGGUAGUAGUGGCGGUUUAAGAUCAACUAACAGAGAGAUGCAUUCUGAUAAUGCAAAAUCAAGAAAGGGUCAGUCAGAAGGAAGACUAAAAAAGAGCCAGAGGGGUUACAACGCUGGUCCGAUGAUCGGUAAAAAGAGAAAACAGAUGGAGUUGACAAACAUGAAGAAAGAUGAAGCCAGAGUUACUACACAUUCUAGCGCUUCCAAAUCACGCAAACACCAGAAUUUAGGGAGGAAAAGAUUGAAAAUCAACAAAUGAGUGACAAUGUGCUCAAGUCUGAAUAGCAAUUGCUUUUGUGAAGCACAACAAGAGUUCGGUACAAUCUCCUUGUACUGCUGUAAGUGUAGAGGUACGUUCAUGAAGGAGGAGGAGGAGAGCAAGCCACUUAUAUUUUUGCCAGGAAGUCCUUUUCUCACAGAACUGCAGAGAUCAAGAAGGAAAUCUAUAAUAAGAGAGGGAUAGGAUCCGUUGAUCUUUCUAAAGAUGGGCUUCUGGCAGUGCUGAAAUGAGCAAAUGUCAUCAAUUCUGGUCAAGCGCAUCAAGUGUACCUGCUGAUGCUUGUGGCUGGUUGGAAGGAUAACUCUACAUGGAUGUUGCAGGAAGGCGUAAUGUAUACACGUGUCUGUUAGUCUGCAAGAGCAGUGUCUGUGUUGCGUGCUCAUUUCCCCUAUUUCCGAUCCGGCGAUCCCUAAUCUCAUUUGUAGGAUACUUUGAGGGGUCUCAGUCCCCUCUAAAUUAUUAAACAAAAGCUUGCCGAUUGAAUUUUACCGAG